AUGACCCACGCGACGAAGCCCGAACUCUACCCUCAGUACUGCUUCCAUCUGUCGCCGACCAUCAAUCGCUGGUGCCAUUUCCGGAUCAGCGAUAUCCUGGCGCUGAGAAGCCACCCAGGUUUCCAAGGCCAGGAUGUCUACUUCCACAUCAACCACCCGAUUAAAUGGGUUCGCAUCUCGGGCGUCGUAGUCGCUGUUGACGAGCGCGAGAUGAGAAACCUGUACACGAUCGACGACGGCAGCGGCGCAACCCUUGAAUGCCUGGUCAAAAGCGCACCCCGCGCAGCGCCUGGGACGGCCGCUGCUGGUGCGGCAACUGACGCAAAAUCCAGCUCAAACUCGAACACCCAACCCGUAGUUGACGCGCCCAUCGAUGUCGGACACGUGCUGGACAUCAAAGGCAGCGUCGGCACAUUCCGCGACAACAAGCAGAUCCGCGCCGAAAAGAUCGUCCACCUCCGCUCAACCGAACAAGAAGUCGUCUUUUGGGAGAAGGUCGCUCAACUGAAACAAGAUGUGCUGUCCAAACCAUGGGUCUUGGAUAGGCGGGAGGUCAGGAGAUGCCGGAAAGAGGAGGAGGGCCGCUGGACCAGUCAUCGCCACCGGGCCAACAGCGGAAGACACUCCAAAAAGCGGGUGGACGUGGCCGGCGUGGAGAAAUCGAAGGCGCAUAGCGUAAAGGAACCCCGAACGCAUCAUGGGGAGGGCGAGAGAAAGAGCGGGCAAGAGAGGAAGCCCUUGGCAAGGCGGCCUUUCAGAGAGACGGGGCUCGAGAAAAGGAGGGCGACCAAGUCUGUCACGAGGCUGAUUCCUGUGACAGGCAAAUACGACGCCCUGGGUCUGUGA